AUGUCGCCGACACAACAUUCCCAGACUGGCAGAAGCUCCUCGAGCUCCGAAAUACCGCCGGCAAAUAACGUGGCCAUCAGCGAGCCAGUCGAAUUCAAUGCCAGAUACAACGGCAAAAAGGGUUACGUUUAUCUCACAACGUCAUCUACCAUUCCCGCCAUAGGCUUCAGUACUAAAGAGAAGCGCGAGCAGAUUGGCAGUACUCUUCGCCAAGAUCUGCAUCCGAUUUGGAGUAUGGCUAUUCCCGAUAUCGUUGAGCUGAAGAAAGUGGGCGGUUAUGGAUGGAAGGCGAGGCUGCUGGUUGGCUGGUCGCUCGAGAGGGAAGUCGCCGACGGCCUAGAGAUUAAGACGGCGACGGGCGAGGUUCACAAGAUCACGGCUCUACCUCUACGUGACGAACUAUUCAACCGACUGAUUGCUAUUGGGGGCCAGAAGUGGGAAGCUCGGUGA